CAAAUAUAUAUUAUUCCAUAAUUGCUUCAAUAGUUGCAUGAUAUUCCGUCCCCACCGUUUUUUGUCUACAGUGUAUAUUGUUGUCUCACUAUAGUCUGUUAACAGGCAGCUGCUAGAAUAGCCACAUAAUCACUCACUCUACACGCGUACAUUGGUUUUGCGUAACGUAAUCUCCAUUGGUGACUAGAUGUUUUAAAAAUAAUAUUGUUUUUUUAACGCGCCAGUAUAGUGUGUGUUGCCCAUCCCGACAGCUGGCAUGAUGUGCAUGGUUUUCAACAGUCGCAACAAACAUAUAGUAUUAUCGAACGUGACAAUUAUCACCCUCGAAAAAACGAAUUUUCACCGACCGUCGUCGAAGAAAUCUGAUUAUACCACAAACGCCAUAUACGCGCGGAUACGACAAUGCCCCGAGGAAAGCGCAGGCAACAUAGGACUGCUAUAGAUGUAUUAGGUGGAAAAGGACGUGAUAUUGACAUAUCUGAUGAUGAAUCAUAUAAUGAUAAUGCAAGUGUAAUCAGUAAUGCCUCUUGCAGCACAUCAGUUGAUGAAUUCUCUUGUGCAGCAACAGAAGAUACUGAAGAUCAGCUUUUAAAUGAUGCUUUUGAAGAGAAAUUAGGUGAUGCAAUUGAUGGUUUGACACAAAAAUCUGCACAAGGCCGUACGACUAGUUUUGAAUUUGUUUAUAAUGUCUUUUGUAAAAAGUUUAUUCCAGAAUACAUUAUUAAUAGACGUAUGACAAUUACUGAUUCUAUUGAACGAGCUCUGAGAAAAGGCGGAGAUAAUGAAAAAGCAGCUGCAGCUAAUUUAGCUUGCCUUUUAUGUAUACAGUUAGGUUCUAUUGAUGUCGCGGAAGAUAUAUGUCAAGAACUCUUACCUACUCUAAUGUUUGUUGCUAAUGAUGAAUCAGUUCCUUUGCUUGCACGAGAAAAAUGCUGUUUAGCUAUAGCAUUGUUAACAUUUAUAACUUGCAAUGAAAAAAUUGAUGCAGCAAUGCAGCUAUUGCGUAAUUUAUGGAAUCGUUUAAUCCAUUCAACUACUAUUACAGCCCCUGCAGCUUCCUUAUAUUCAACUGCUUUAUCUUCUUGGUGUUUACUUUUGUCAACUAUAUCAAUUAGAAAUUCUUCUGCAAUACCUACUCUUUCAGAAUUGAGCGUUCUCUUGGACUCUGCAUAUUUAGAAGUAAGAAUGGCUACUGGUGAACUAUUAACAAUUUUAUUGGAAAUGGCACGUGAAUGUGAAGAUAUGGAUGAAUAUGAGCCUGACGAAGAACUUAUUACAAAAUUACGUGAACUAGCGACUGAUUCACAGAAGUCUAGAGCUAAAAAAGAUAGAAAAACCCAAAGAUCCAAUUUCAGACAAAUUCUUCAUUAUGUUGAAUUAGAUGAACCUCCUAACAUUCAAAUUCGUUUUGGACAAGAAAUAUUAUCUAUGAACACAUGGACAAAAAAAAAAGAAUAUGAUGUAUUAUGCCAAGCAUUAGGUUCGGGUAUGAAUCUACAUAUGACUGAAAAUGAUCUUGUGCGAGACAUUCUAAAUCUUGGCCCCAAAUUAUGUCAAACUAAAUUAUUAAGCAACAAACAGUCAAAACUUGAAAGGCAACAAAUUAAUGCAGCUAAUUUCAAAGUACGCACCAAAUCCCGAGCAAAAGUACGUGACAAACGAACAGCUUUUAUUGAUUAAAACAUCAAAAUAUACUGUUAUUAAAAAUUAAAUAAUGUUUUAAGGUUUAAGCGUGCAUGUGAUAAAUAUGUUAAAUUCUUAUAUAUUUUGUUUACUCACUUCACAAACUUAAUAUCUUUAUAUUAAAAAAUUCUUUUUUCAAACUGUUUGGGGUUAUUUUAUUUGUUAUUUACUUUACUAUUGAUUUUUCAAAAAAACAGUAUAAAAACUUACUCUGAAAAAAAAUUUUAAUAAUGGUAAAUUAUUUUAGUUUGCUAGAAAUUGUAGUUAUAAUUGAAAUACAUAUAAUUAGUAGCUGGGUAUUUUUUUUUUUUUGUUAACCACACCUUUAUGCAUGCAAAUAAUAAUUUGUAAUAUUGUUGUAAGCUCUUAGCAUCUGUUGUAACUUAUUACUGCCAUUGAUUUUUACAUAAUAUGUUAAGACUGACAAAUAUGUUACUGAUUAUUGAACUAAAAACCUAAUCUCAGGUAAUGGGAUGAAAACGACUCAUUAAAUAUCUUAAAAUAUACUGAAUGAAAUGAAAUUAUUUA